UUGCUGUCGGUUAUAUUACCGGUUUCUGCCCUUCAAAUGACACACUGCUUCUGCACAGACCCGAGUGAACUGACUUGCGAAGACAUGAGUAAAAUCGGUAUCAACGGUUUUGGCCGUAUUGGCCGUCUUGUAUUUAGGGCUUCCAUUGAGUUUGGUGCUCAGGUUGUUGCCAUUAAUGAUCCCUUUAUUGGUUUGGAAUAUAUGGCAUAUAUGUUAAAAUAUGAUUCUACACAUGGAAAAUUCAAAGGAGAUGUCAAAAUUGAAAAUGAUCAACUAGUUGUUAAUGGUAAUAAAAUUGCUGUAUUUAGUGAACGUGAGGCAAAAAAUAUUCCAUGGACAAAAGCUGGAGCUGAAUAUAUUGUGGAAUCCACUGGUGUUUAUACUACCAAGGAAAAAGCUUCUGGUCAUUUACAGGCUGGUGCAAAGAAAGUUGUUAUUACUGCACCAUCAGCUGAUGCACCUAUGUUUGUUUGUGGUGUUAAUUUGGAUGCUUAUGAUCCAAGUUAUACUAUUGUUUCCAAUGCUUCUUGUACUACCAAUUGUUUAGCCCCUCUUGCUAAAGUUAUUCAUGAUAAUUUUGAAAUCGUUGAAGGUCUUAUGACUACUGUUCAUGCUGUCACUGCUACACAAAAAGUUGUUGAUGCACCUUCUGCAAAAUUAUGGCGAGAUGGUCGUGGUGCUUGUCAAAAUAUUAUUCCUGCUGCAACUGGAGCAGCUAAAGCUGUUGGCAAAGUUAUUCCAGCUCUUGAUGGAAAAUUGACUGGUAUGGCCUUCCGUGUACCAGUACAUAAUGUAUCAGUUGUUGACUUAACAGUCAGACUUGGCAAAGGUGCAGACUAUAAAACUAUAAAAGCUAAAGUAAAGGAAGCCUCUGAAGGACCAUUGAAAGGAAUUUUAGGAUAUACGGAAGAUGAAGUAGUUUCUUCCGAUUUUAUUGGUGAUGACCAUGCCAGUAUUUUUGAUGCUAAAGCUGGUAUAGCUUUGAACAAUAAUUUUGUUAAGUUAAUUUCAUGGUAUGAUAAUGAAUAUGGUUAUUCAUGUCGUGUAAUUGAUUUAAUUAAGUACAUGCAGUCAAAAGAGAAGUAAAUUAUUUUGCAUAUUUAUAUGUAACACAUUUUCAUGUUUCUAUGAGCAUAUCGUUGUUGCAUGUAUAUUUCAAACUAAAUAACGUUAUGUUUAAUCAAUAGAUUCCAAUCACAAAUUAAAAUGUGAAAUAAGAG